CAUCCGCCGCCGAGCUCUGCCGCCGCCGUCGUCUUCCCAUCCCUUCUUGUUUUCGUCGCCGUUGCCUUCACGUCGUGCUCGCAUCCACCCGUCGCGAUCCUCUUCCAGUUCCGGCCGUCGCGGGUAUUUUUAUCCUUCCGCCCGUCUCGUUCUAGUACCGUCGUGCUCGCCUUCCAGUUUCUGUUAACUAGUACCCGUGGCCAUGGCGAUGAGGGCGGCAGCGUUGGCAGCUCCCGGAGGUUUGCGGCGGCUCUUCUGCACAAACACGACGAAGCCAUCUUUGAGCUUCCCCUUCAUUCCGCCUCCACAGGCGGGGGCGCAGCCAGCUCGGCCUAUGGCGGAACCCAACACCAACCUCUUCGUCUCUGGGCUUAGCAAACGUACUACUUCAGAGAAGUUGAGAGACGAAUUUGCAAAGUUUGGUGAAGUUGUUCACGCAAGGGUGGUAACUGACCGAGUAUCAGGUUACUCUAAGGGGUUUGGUUUUGUGAAGUAUGCCACUCUAGAAGAUGCUGCAAAGGGCAUCGAGGGCAUGGAUGGCAAGUUUUUGGAUGGCUGGGUUAUCUUCGCUGAGUACGCAAGGCCAAGACCUCCGCCGGGACAACCUGAAAACAAUAUGCCACCUCAAUAUGGGCGGCAGUGAUAUCAGUUAUAAGAUUCUUGUGCCCGGUUGAAUUGGUUCAGUAUAAGUUGUUGCGAAUGCAAAAAGCACAGAAGUAUUAUUUAUGAGGGCAGGGACACGUGGGUGUUCUUUUUAAUUACCUAUAAAAGUUUUAGAUUAUUGUAAUGGGAGAUUCACCUUCCAGGACAUUGUUAUAAUGCAAUGGUUCUCUUCCAACAGUACUGAAAACAUUAUGAUUCAUGUGGUUAUGAUUGAUCUGAAGUAACAUGGCUUUAGUUA